CGGUACUUAUAUAGUAUAGCACUUAUUCCAGUUCCAAAUGACUGGAUUCAGGUGUUCCAAUCACCUCCAUGGCCACAGGUGUAUAAAAUCCAGCCCCUAGGCAUGCAGACUGCUUCUACAAACAUUUGUGAAAGAAUGGGUCGCUCUCAGGAGCUCAGUGAAUUCAAGCGUGGUACUGUGAUAGGUUGCCACCUGUGCAAUAAGUCCAUCCGUCUAAUUUCCUUGCUACUAAAUAUUCCACAGUCAACUGUUAGUGUUAUUAUAACAAAGUGGAAGCAAGUGGGAGCAACAGUAACUCAGCCA